AAAAAUCCCUUGUCCAAUGGCCUUAUUCUAAGAAUCAAUUCAACGUUCAGACUUGAGUCCUCAGUUUAUAAUAAUAACUUUUAACUUCUAUUUCCAACUUUUUUUGGUAACCUUAUGAUUGAGAAGGAAGCUCUUCUUCAUCCACUGGAUGUGGAAAGGUGUAAAAAAAUUCAGAAUUUCUAAUAAACCUUUGUAUUCCUUUUCCUGAAUAAGGACAAUGUCAAAGACAAUGUCAGCCUCCUGGGCUGAAAGAGCUGUUGUUCCUGUGGACCAAAUAUGCUGAACAGCAUUGUGGGCAAGUUUCAAAUUGACUAUUGGUGGAAGUGGCAAAAGCGCUGUAUAACCUACCCUAAUAGUACUGCUACUUAACCCUCUCUGUGCAAGUGCUGUCUGAUAGGAAAUAAUUGACUUACUAAAAAUUCCCCUUCCCUUCACGAAGGCAGCACAUGUUCCUGCUCUUAAAUAUAUUCUUUAUUGGCUUUCUGUGUUUGUAUUAUUAUUGCUAUUAAAUCACUAAACUAGCAUGGGGAGGAGGGUUCUUAUGGGGUGCUGUAAGUGCUGCCUUUGUCACUGAGCGGCAAGGAAUUUUCAGAAAGUAGUAGUUGUUUUCCAGUUUAACCCUGCAUUAUAUGAAUCAUCCAUCUCUACUAAUUUCUUAGUCAUGGUUUGUUAGGGUGCCUCCUUACUGGGUGUCAGAAAUAAAUUACACUGAUGCAUUGUGUAUGAAGCUGAAUGAGGGCAAAGGCCACUUACAGUAUAUAGAAGGAACCUGAAUAGAGCACUUUAUAGAGAGUGACCUUUAUUGACCAGCAUUUAGGUUGGCAGUAAAAACAUAGAUGCCUAGGGCCAGAUGCAGCUUCUCAUGCUGUGACUUUCUAGAGCCUGAAUAAACUUUAUACAAUUGUCUGCUCUAAUGGCUCUGUAGAAUCUUAUUUCCUAUCAGUAACAUAAGAUAGUUGGUAUUAUAUCUAUCAAAUGAAUGGUUAUUUCAUUACUGCAGCAGAAAGUGCUGCCUGAGACUAAAUGUUUUGCCUCUACCCCCACCAUCCCUUUUUAUGAGAAUAACUGGCCGCAACUAAUUUAGAUGGAUCUGGAAUCUCCUAUUACUGCCCUGGUUCUGAUUUCUCGCUCUUGCCUUUCCGUCACUGGCUACUGGAUAAGAGAUGGCCAUGAACUCCCAUCUCCUGAUUACAGUGCGAGAGGCAGCUAUUGACUCAGCAGAGCAGCUAUUGAUUGAAAGUGGAAGCUUUGCACUACACCCUGUAUUUUCCCCUUUUCAUUCUGCUGUUCUGUAUAAUAUUGCUCAUGCUGUACGUCUCCUGCAGCUGCCUCUGUUCUGCCUAUUCUCACACUCUUUCCUCCCUCUUCUGAGUCUACCUUUUCCCUCCUCUCAGUCCUUUCAUGCACUCCCUCUCUUUUUAUCCUCUUACGUCUCCCUGGCAAACCAUUACAUCUCAUUGUCCUCUCUGGCUGCCUUCAGUCAGGACCACGCCUGAAUCAGGAUGUUCACUUCUAAAUCAAGCUCUGUCUCUCCCUCUCCUUCCAUGGACCCAACAGACCCAGAGAAUUUUGAUAUCAAAACCAAGGUGCAACUGCAGGGGGUGCUAUGGAAAAAGCCCUUUGGAAGGCAAUCAGCCAAAUGGUCCAAAAGGUUCUUUAUAAUAAAGGACAGUUUUUUGCUUUACUACGCAGAAAAUGAACGAAAGAAUUUUGAAAGUAACAGAUAUUUUAACAUACACCCCAAGGGAGUGAUACCUCUUGGCGGCUGCAUGGUGAAUGCCAAGGAAGAGCCACACAUGCCCUAUGUAAUAGUGAUUUCUCAUGAAGAUUUCCAUGGAAGCAUUGUCUUGGCUGCGGAAUCUGAGUUGGAACACAGUCAGUGGCUGGAAAUGCUGCAUGAAUCUGGAAAGGUGACGUGGCAAAAUGCCCAGCUAGGUGAGGCCAUGAUUGAGAGUCUGGAAGCACAGGGCCUGCAGUUGGCUAAGGAGAGGCAGGAGUAUUUUGAUAAACUCAUGGAAGAGACAGAGGAGCUUUGUUCACAGCGAGAGCAGAAAGAGGAACUGGAGAGACUGAACCAGAUUCUGGAGUCUGAAAAAAGUCACUUUGAAGAACUGGUACAGGAGCUGAGACUGGAGCAAGAGAAGAUAAAGAAGGACCUGGAUAUUACAGUUCAGUGCCUAAAAGGGGUCGGGGAAGAGAAGCAAGAGCUGCACUGCCUGACACAGCAUCUACAGAAGACAAUGGAGGAGCUGUCUGUAGAGAAACAGAGGACUCUAGCCAUAUUGGAAGCCACCAAGAGCCAUGUGCCAGCGCCAACCAAUCACAGCGAGCUCCCUCCACAGGGUCUCCAAAGUAACCUACAGCAAAUUGAAAGCAAAAUGCAGAAGCUGCUGGAAGAGAAGCUGCAGGCAGAGAAGAGGAUGAAGGAGAAUGAGGAGAAAUUUAGAGCACUUGAAGAAGAACGAACAUUUUAUGUGUCCCAGUCCCAGGCCCUACAGCAAUCCCUGACUGAGCUGACUGCUGAGAAGGAACAAAAAGAGCGAGAGCUUAAGGUGCAGCUGAAGGUCCAAAUGGACCUAGAAAAGAGGCUGCGUGAGGCAGAAGAGGCACUAAAGAGACUGGAGCUUGAACUCAAUUCUGCUGUGAUAAAUGGGGACAAGGAAGAGAAGAUGAGGGCAGAUGUCAGUCACCUAAAAAAGUUCUUUGAGGAAUGCAUCAGGAAUGCAGAGUUAGAGGCAAUGAAACCUGCAAUAAUGAAAAAUGCAGUCUACUUGCCCAGAGCUGGCAACAGACGCAUCAAGAGCUGUCGCUUCCAUCGCCAGAGAACCAAUUUUGGAUUAAUAAGACAGUCUCACUCUUUCUUGAUAUCUCCGGCUGAAUCAAGUGAACUGCAGAACCUGAGGGAAACUGCCAAAAAUCUGAGCAGAGACCAACAUUUCAGGCAAACCCUAUUCCAGAUCUUCACCAAGCAGGAAUCUUCCCAGGGGCAGGAGAAGUGACAUCUGGUUCCAUCACUUGGUUAAAGGUGGAUUGUGCCACAUAGAGAAUUUGAUGGUAUUAUCUGUAGUGCUUCCUUGUUAUGCUUCUUUCUUCAUGCUAAUAUUAUCACCAUACUGGGAAGCUUCCACCGCAGCAGGGAGCAAGCUACUUACUGUUCUCAUGGCGUCACAGAAACACUUGGAAUCCAUCAUGUUUGUAGGUUCUUUUAUAUAAGUACUAUUUAUUGGUGGAUUAUUUUUGGAUUCCUGCUGCUAAAGCCACUGUGGUAGUUAUUGCUCACACAUCCAAAGCUUUAGCCAGGUUCAUGUCUUUAUUCAGGUGAGUUGUAGAGAACUUAUACAUUGCUGUAUAAGUAGUUCUUACCUCAUGUUUAUUUUCAUAUUAAUAGAGAAUAAGCAUGAGGGUAUAUAGAUGCAGAACAUUCUUUCCAUUUUACUCUUUGGAAAGCCUUACACCACAUAGUUCAUGAAACAUUGAGAUGGUUUUAGGGUAGACAGAGAGCAUUUGCCAUGGGGGUCUUAUAAUCAAUGGUGCCCCCUAUAGGCAGAAAGCAUAGAUAAAAAUACCAAAGACACUUUUAAUGGCUAUCCUGCAACCCUCCAGCUGAUGCUGAACCUUCAGCUGUAGACAGGUUGCUGGUAAUUCCAAAUAAAUAACAGCAGCAUCACAGACAGGCCAGAUUUAUGUAAUUUUUGCUCUUUGCAUCCUGCCCAAAUGGGGGCCUCUGCUUCCUUGAUUGAGAGACUCCUCCCUAAAGAUGGUCUCUCACAGUAAGACCCCCUUUUGGCCAGCUCACCUCAGUUACUGAAAUCAGCCCCAUGUCUGCAGUGACAGGUGUACAGCCGUCAUGUCAGUUACUGCAAACUGCAAAAAUCCACAUGUUUGUUCGGGUAACCUAAGCAUUUACUGAGUGAGGCAAUUAUUUUGGUCUCAUACAUAGGCCAAUAGGCUGCUGAUAAAGCGGAUAUCUGGGGAGAAUCAGGGUUGCCAUUUGUCAUGUGACUGUAACUAAUACCUAUCUAGAUUCUGCUUAUUUCAUACACAGCCAGAAGCAGAAUACUAAUACUGCAAAAGCCAGUACCCAGUCGGACCCCAGACUAUAAGUGCAGACUUCUGCAGAGAAAGUUCCGCUGGCUAUGAUUCUCCACCACUGCACGGCUCUACUUCUUCCCUAUCCUUACUUUGAAUUAGUAAGAUAACUAUGCAAACCUUCUGACACAGGAAUCCAUCAUGGAAUUCUGUACUUUCCUGUAGAUAUGCAUGACUUUAAUAAAAUGUUCAUAAAUUCCUCUGAUUAAACUUCUCUUUGUACAUUGUA